AUGAAUGCUCGUAAAGAUAUGUUCCGUUUGGAUGUUGGACGUAAUAAUAACAAUUUGACUGACAACGACUACAAGAUCCUUGCCGAGAAAACCGAAGGCUAUUCCGGAUAUGAUAUUAAUAUCCUCGUCAAAGAUGCCUUGAUGCAACCAGUCCGUCGUGUGCAAUCUGCUACACAUUUCAAAUAUGUAAGCGGUCCAUCCCGAACGGACCCUUCGGUAAUGGUCCAUGAUCUUUUGACGCCCUGUAGCCCUGGUGAUCGUGGAGCAGUGGCUAUGAGUUGGCUGGAUGUACCUGGAGAUAAGCUUGCAGAGCCUAUCCUGACCAUGCAAGACAUGCUGAGAUCGCUGGCGACAGUGAAACCUACUGUAAAUAAAGCAGACCUGACAAAACUGGAGGCUUUCAAGAACGACUUUGGUCAAGAAGGAUAA